GCUGACAUGGCGCCCCCCCCACCCUGUGGCUUCCCCUGGGGGCUUUGGCUGGCUCUGGCUCUGCUAUCUUCUGCCUUCCAGCCCGCAGAGAACGAGUCCCAAGACCCAUCGGAGAGUGCAUACUUCCUGCCUGAGUUCGCCCUGUCUCCCCAGGGCAGUUUUCAGGAGGACACGACCGGGGAACGUUUGCUAACCUAUCGCCAUGACGACCAGGCAUCCAGGACGACGCGCUCAGAUGAGGACCGGGAGGUGGGCUGGGAUGCCUGGGGCACCUGGAGUGACUGCUCGCGCUCCUGUGGGGGAGGAGCCUCCUACUCCCUGCGCCGGUGUCUUAGCGGGAGCUGUGAGGGUCGCAAUAUCAGAUACAGAACCUGCAGCAACAUGGAGUGUCCCGCCGACACUGGUGACUUCAGAGCCCAGCAAUGCUCCGCCCACAAUGAUGUGAAGUACCAGGGCCAGCUGUAUGAGUGGAUGCCAGCGAGCCACGAGCCAGCGGCCCCCUGCGCUCUCCGAUGCCAGGCUCGAGGCCAUGGUCCUGUGGUGGAGCUGGCGCCCAAGGUGUUGGAUGGCACGCGGUGUCGGGCCGGAUCCCCGGACAUGUGCAUCAAUGGGGUCUGUGAGGAGGUGGGCUGCGACCGCCAGCUGGGCAGCAACGCCAAGGAGGACAACUGUGGUGUGUGUGGGGGGGACAGCAGCACAUGUCGGCUGGUGAGGGGGCAGACCCUGCCAGCUGUCUCCAUGGAGGAACCAAUGAAGACGGCGGUGGAGAUUCCCCUGGGCAGCCGUGAUGUGAGGCUCAUGGCCAAAGGACCCGAUCUUCUGGUCAUGGAGACGCACUCGCUGCACGGCCUGAGAGAGGACCUCGUACUUGGGUCUUCGGGAAGCUACGUCAUACAGAACAGCACCCUGGAGGUGCAGAAGGCAGGGGACCGGCUGACCCUUCGCGCUCCCGGACCGCUGGCGGCGGAUUUCAGCAUCAAGCUGAGGUACAGUGCUCCCCGGAACACCCUGGUCCAGUUCUCCUUCUAUCAGCCCAUCCGCUACCAGUGGAGGGAGACGGACUUCUUCCCCUGCACCGUGACCUGCGGGGGAGGGUACCAGCUGAACUCGGCCGAGUGCACGGACACCCGGCUGAAGCGGGCCGUGCCCGACCACCAUUGCCACCUGUAUCCGGAGAACAGGAAGCCCAAACCCAAGCUGAGGGAGUGCGGCUCGGAGCCCUGCCUCGAAAGUGACGGCUACAAGGAAGUGAUGCCCUAUGACCAGUUUCAGCCCCUCCCCCGCUGGGAGCAGAAUCCCUGGACGAGCUGCUCGGCGUCCUGUAAGGGGGGCAUGCAGAGCCGGAGCGUGGCCUGUGUCGAGGAGGAUGUACAUGGUCAGGUGUCACAGGUCGAGGAGUGGAAGUGUAUGCACUCACCCCGGCCUGCCAUGCAGCAGGACUGCAACACCUUCGACUGCCCCCACUGGACAGCGAUGGAGUGGUCUCAGUGCACAGUGACCUGUGGGCGUGGCUUGCGUUACAGAGUGGUCCUGUGCCUGGAUCACAGAGGGCGGCACGCCGGGGGCUGCCAUGCUGGGCGGAAGCCUCACGUCAAAGAGGACUGCCUGGUCCCCGUCGCGUGCUACAGGCCUCGAGAGAAGCUUCCUGUGGAGGCCAAGUCACCCUGGCAGAAGCAGGCCCAGGAGCUGGAGAUGUCCCGAGCCGGCGCUGAAGAGCCCACGUUCAUAACUGGGCCGUGGUUGCCCUGCAGCGCCCCCUGCGGCCCAGGCCGGCAGAGCCGUUGGGUGAAGUGCCGAGUGCUCCUGUCCUUCACUCAGGCAGAGGUGGACCUCCCCGAUAGGGAGUGUGAAGAGGAGAGGCCUUCGUCAGAGAGGCCAUGCAACUUGGGCUCCUGUGACGGGACACCACUUCUCCAACAGGGGGAGCCACUUUACAGUUGGGAGCAUGUGGGCUUCACUGCCUGCUCUUCCAGUUGUGCAGCAGGGAUCCAGCAGACCGUGCUAAACUGUCUCAGGAGUGGCUCUCAGGAGGUGGUGGAGGAGACACUCUGCCGGAACUCCAGUCGGCCCCCUACAGCUACCCGGGUCUGCAACCCCCAUCCAUGUCCCCCGAGGUGGGUUCUAGGCCCCUGGACCCUGUGCACAGCCAGCUGCGGGGUGGGCAUCCAGACCAGGAGCGUGCACUGCAGCCAGCUGCACUCUGUAGACCCCGAGGAUGCAGUGACGCUGAGCGACGACCAGUGCGAGGACUUCAAACCAUCCGUGCUGAGGGCCUGCAACCAGGUGGACUGCCCCCCCUCCUGGCAAGCAGAGGAAUGGCAGCAGUGCUCCCACACCUGUGGGGGUGGCACCCAGUCUCGCAAAGUCCACUGCAAGCAGCAGCUGUCCACGGGCGCAUUCCACAGGCUUCCAGAUGCCUCCUGUCCCAAGGCCAGGCCUGCUUCCCACAAGCCCUGUGCCCGGACACCCUGUCCCCCGCAGAUGGCUGGUGGAGACUGGUCCAAGUGCUCCGUGAGUUGUGGCACAGGCGUCCAGCAGAGGGAGCCAGUGUGUCGCCGGCUGAUGGCCACGGGGCAGCAAGUGACCCUGGGCCGAGAAGCCUGCGGGGGCUUGGCCGCCCCACCGCUGAUCCGGGCGUGUCGCAUGAACCCCUGCUCCAAGCCUGUGAAGGAGGCGAGUCCCAGGCAGCCACGCAUUCUGGGUGUCCACCGCAUCUACAUCCAGACCAGGCAGGAGAAACGUGUCCAGCUCACUGUGGGCGGGAGGGCCUACCUGCUGCCCAAGACAUCAGUGGUGAUCAGGUGCCCCGUGAGAAAAUUCCAGAAGCUUCACAUCACGUGGGAAAAGGAUGGAAAAGGCCUGCUCAGCUCCAGGCGACUGGGUAUCACCAAGUCUGGCUCGCUGAAGAUCCAUGGCCUGGAAGCUCGGGACGCUGGAGUGUACCGCUGUGUGGCUGGUCCGGCCUCUGAGUCCUUUGUUCUGAAGCUCACUGGGAGUUAUAGGCUAGCUGAGCCAUCCAUGGGGAGGGACGCAGAGGCCAAGCACGGCGGACCGCUCACCAAGCUGGACCUCGGGAGCGAGACGUCUCAGAAUGGAAGCCGAGGGAAUGAGCUAUACACGAUGGACAGCCCGGUGGAGGAUGAGGCUUUCAUGCAGGCUCUCCGGGGCUACCUGACGAGCUCUGAUUGGCCACGUAAUGAACAUCUGGAGGUCCUUCAAGGCGGCCACAGCUUGGAGCCCCGGCAGUUUGCAGAGCUGCUGAGGAACAUCAGCCUGGCCGGUGAGCGGAGCGUAGCCACACCGCUCAGCGAGCACCUGGCCACAUCAGGGGUCUGGACCAGCCCCAGCAGGAAGGCCAUUGACAGGACGUUCAAACUUUCAGAGACAGCGAAUGGAAAAGCAGCAGGCCAGGUGCCCCGCCAAUGGAAAAAGCCCAUCAUCAUCCAACUGGAUGCUCGGCCUCUCAUGGACUUCGAGGAGGACAUCCGAAUGAACGCCGGUCAAAAUGCCAUCCUGACCAAUGCCACCCGCAGUGUGACGCUGCUCUGCACGGCGCAAGGAUCCCCAGAGCCCAGUGUCUCCUGGACGAUAGAUGGGCAACCACUGCGACAGACAGAGAGGGUGUCACUGGAUGGCACGGGGGUGCUGCACAUCUCGAACCCCAGCGUGGACGACCAGGGAGUCUACCAGUGCACUGCCACCAAUGAGCUGGGCUCUGACACCCAGAGUUCCCAGCUGUUCAUGGCCGAGCCCCCGAUCAUCGCUGCCUCGAAGAGCGACGUAUCCGAUGCCCAGAGCAGCGUGCUGCAGGUUGUCGUCGGGGGCAGAGUGGCUGUGGACCCCAAAGCCAACAUCUCUCUGCUGUGUCCCGUCUCAGGCAUGCCCCGGCCAAACAUCACCUGGAGCAAGGCGGAGGGGUCCAUGACCCCGAAUGCCGUCCCCCUGCCUGAUGGCUCUCUGCUGCUAAGGGAAGUUUCACCUGAUGAAUUUGGGACGUACUCCUGCACUGCCUCCAACCACCUUGGGGUGGCAGUGGCGUCCAGCCACGUUUCUACCAUUGGACCAGCCACCCGGGGGCGCCAUCUGCAGCAAAUCGCGAGUCACAGGAGGGUGCUGAUGGCCUCUCAUGCAGGCACCAGGAUCGCUGUCCGACGUGGGGAUGUCCUGCGUAUAGGGUGUCCCAUUCCUUCAAGCCUCACGCAACCCAUCAGCUGGUACUUCCAGAAUCGGAGCUUGCAGGCGAGCCGGUCCCUGCGCUACCGGACCCUGGCAGAGGGCCGGGUACUGGAGGUGGACACACUCUCCGGAAGGUUCCAGGGAAGCUACGUCUGCCAGACCGCCAGCCGCUCCAGUUCAGCGCUGGCCCAGGUCCACGUCAGCGAAGAAGUGUUCCGCUGGCAGCCGGGAGUCUGGACAGCCUGCAGUGCCAGCUGUGGACACCGAGGGCUCCGAUCCAGAAGGCAGCACUGCACUGACUCUGGGGGUCAGGAGGUACCUGUGGCUCUCUGCCAGCAUGUCCCUCAGCCAGCAAGCCCGACUCAGCCGUGCGGCGUGCAGGACUGUCCACCCAGCUGGGAGUCCGCUGUGUGGUCGGAGUGCUCCACUUCCUGUGGGCGGGGUCAUCGGUGGAGGCAGGUGACGUGUCAGCAGAAGUUGGCCGGGGGGGCGGUGCGGAGGAGGCCCGAGUCCGCCUGUGGGCGGGGCACACGGCCGACAGGCAGAGAGGAUUGCCACUUGCUCCCUUGCGUGGCCUGGCAGUUCAGCCCCUGGCCACCGUGCUCUGGCCUGUGCAUUGGUCCCGGCCUUGCGCUGCAGAGCCGGCCAGUCAUAUGCAAGCAUUCCAAUGGCUCCGCCCUCCCUUCCUCACACUGCGACCCCCGGACCAGGCCAUCGUCGGAGCGCAACUGCUCAUGGGAGGUGUGCGCCACCUGGUGGAAGGUGGGGCCGUGGCAGCCAUGCAGUGCGGCCUGUGGUAGCGGCUUCCGCUCACGUAGGGUGGAAUGCGUCCACCAGGGCACCGGCAGGACAGUUGCGGAGCAGCACUGCGCCUGGCGCCGCCGACCUGUGCCCUGGCAGCACUGCAGAGCCUCGCCCUGCGAUGGCACCUGCAGGGACUCCACCCACUACUGCUCUGCCGUGAAGCGGCUCCACCUCUGUCCCCUCAGCCUCUACAGGCAGCGCUGCUGUCAGACCUGCGCAGAGGAGGUGGUGCGUAGCCUGUGACGGCCCGGCCCGCAUGCAUCACCGGCUUGGGGGGGCCUCCAUCCUGCUGCACCCCUCCUGGAGAACAGUGCCGCUUAGGGAAGCGUUUCUCAUUCGCUGCCUCGCAUGCACUUUGCUUGACCUUCCUGGACUUGUGGACGCCUUAUGCUGCUCGAAGGCAGAGCUACUGCCUGCUGAUGCAGAUGGACUGAUCGGCGUCACCCCCAGCAGAUAGGACACCCUCCGUCAUAUCUGCUUGUCCCCUUUUACCAUCUUCUGCCCUCUCAUUUCUGCGUGACGCCAGACGACGAGGCGCCGCGUGAGAUUCUAGAAUGAUGACCUGAGAGCUGCCGCUAUGGAAACAUUAUGCAUUAUGAGGUCGCUGCGGCAAUGCUCUCACCUUCAGGACAUUCCGAACUUCAAAGAAAGUAUCAUCUGUGCAGUAAUGCAGGGCAGGUUAAUGAGGAGAGUUAGACCCACGAGUAGACACACGUGAAUAUGGCAAACGCCUUGCUAACUCGUGUUAGGAAUAAGCUACCACAGCGACUGGAUUCUCUUUGAGCUGGAAGCCCAAGGGUGACCGAGUUCCCCAUGGCAAUGGCUGAGCUUUUAAAACAAGCCAUAAACUCCGACAAUGACACAGUGUACAUACACAGCGCUCUCCAUGGCCUUUCCGUCUCACGCAGGCGUCCCUGAUUGCUUUUGAGAUGUGAGGAGUCGUGUUGCGGUGUGAUAACACUAAACUCGGACAAGCUGAAUGUCUCAUGCAUUUAUACAGACAUUUUCAAGCACCGUGCGUGAAACUUCACAGUCUGACAGGGCUGAUCUAGGACUCGACACCCCCCGAGGACGCUAUCUGGAGGCUGUGAUGUGAGAGCACUCCACGCUCCAUUCCAAUACCAAGUUUUCCAGUGCAACUGAUUGAGCAUGAGGAAAAAGUCAGUUAUGAUGAGUGCUGGGAAUGGGCCAGUGCAGAGAGUUUAACCAGGUAGCAAAGAAAUGUUGCUGCUGUAUGGAUCAAUGCAUUGAACACUGAGUCCCAGCAUUAAAAGGGAGAGGAAUGCAUUUUACGAGACGGCCGCAUUAACACACUGUCACCAACACACUUAUCACAUACAUCUUACACUUUUCCCAUAACAUUUUAUCUUUUGUAAGAAUGUACAAAUCCUGCUUUUAAGUGCAAUACUGUACAUUGAGUGUAGAUUUCUGGGACUUUAUUUUAUUGCCAAAGUAUAUCUAUACAGCUAUAUUUCCAUAUGCCUUAUGUUUAACUGAUUUAAUGACAGUGUCUGUAUUUACUACUUGGUACCGUGAUUAUAAACAUUUUUUCUUCAUACGCAUGCAGUUGAAAGAAACCUUAUUGCAUAUAAAGUUCAGGCAAGCAACACAACAGGAUAGCUUUAAAGCACUGUAACGGUCCGCCACACCUACUGAUACAUAUCAAGACUUUUUUUAAUGAUUAGAAUGUAGAUCCCUGUGUGACAGAAACGAUGUGCAGGGCCACUGGGAUGCAGUGCUAUGUGUAUGGAAUAAACAGCUUGGUUUGUCAGUAAUGGUUCAAUUUUGCAUUCAGAAUGGUUCAUGUUGUUCUGAGGUGUGUAUGGUGGAUUAAAUUCAUAAUGUCUUAAAUUA